GUGAGCCGAGAGGAGUGGGGAGUCGACCGCUUGGAAUCUGGGGUUAAUUUGGAUUUAGUUUGCCGGUCGAUGCGCCUGAAUUGAGGAAUUAGAGCCAUGCAAACGCCCUCCGGAAGGGGCCGCUCAGUAUCUUUAUAGAGUUGAUCGGAUGGUGUCUGGUAAUAUUCCACAAUCAUCUUUCGUCGCGAUAUAGGACCUACUAAUGAAUACCUUUGAACUUAUACUGCCAGUUUGUGAUCAACUCCAGCAAAACCAUUUGCUAUGACAGCUGUGUUUGCCUGCCUCUGUGACCUUGCCUGAUAGUGCUUUGAUGAUGGUUGAGAUGGUGGAUCCCAAGUGAAUCAGUCCGAACCACACAGAGUCCAGCCAUGUCAGAAGGAAGCCGGGAGAGUUGGAAGCAAUGUUGCAGAGCAACUGCAAAGAGAUUGCCGGUGCUAACUUGGCUUCCCAAGUAUUCUCUGCAGUGGCUACAGCUGGAUUUUAUGGCCGGGCUGACUGUGGGGAUGACUGUGGUGCCACAAGCUCUUGCUUAUGCUGUGGUGGCUGGUCUCCCCAUGGAGUAUGGUCUGUAUUCUUCCUUCAUGGGUUGUUUCAUCUACUGCCUUUUGGGGACCUCCAAAGAUGUAACGCUUGGGCCAACAGCCAUCAUGUCCCUGUUGGUGUCUUCCUACGCAUUCCAUGAGCCUGCCUUGGCCGUUCUCCUCGCCUUUCUUUCAGGUUGCAUCCAGUUAGCUAUGGGGCUCCUCCAUCUUGGUUUCAUUUUGGACUUUAUCUCGUAUCCUGUCAUUAAAGGAUUUACUUCAGCUGCUGCAGUCAUCAUUGGCUUCAACCAAGUCAAGACACUACUGGGUCUGCAGAACAUUCCAAAGCAGUUUAUCCUACAAGUGUAUUAUACCUUCUGCAGAAUUACUGAGACAAGGGCUGGAGAUGCCAUCCUUGGAGUGUUCUGCGUAAUGGUGCUUUUGGUCCUGCAACAAAUGAAAAAAGGAACCCCCGGGACCCAUCCACUGGAACCCUUGCCUGUCAGAAUCAGUCGAUAUAUAAUUUGGACAACAGCUACCGCCCGUAAUGCUCUUGUGGUUCUCUUUGCUGGCCUUGUGGCUUAUUCUUUCCAAGUGACUGGCUCCCAGCCUUUCAGCCUCACAGGAACGAUUCCCCAGGGACUCCCUCUGUUCCAGUUACCACCGUUCUCCAUCAUCACAUCCAAUCAGACUAUCAGUUUUAAGGAAAUGGUGCAGGCCAUUGGACCUGGCUUGGCGGUGGUGCCCCUCAUGGGACUGCUGGAGACGGUUGCUAUUGCCAAAGCAUUUGCAUCUCAAAAUAAGUACCAGAUUGAUCCCAACCAGGAGCUGCUAGCCAUGGGGUUUACCAACCUGCUGGGAUCCUUUAUCUCAUCCUAUCCAGUCACAGGCAGUUUUGGCCGGACAGCGGUGAAUGCUCAGACUGGUGUAUGUACUCCUGCUGGAGGACUAAUCACAGGGGCCUUAGUACUCUUAUCCCUGGCCUACCUUACGUCCCUCUUCUACUACAUUCCCAAGGCAGCACUGGCAGCGGUCAUCAUCUGUGCUGUGGCUCCAAUGUUUGAUGCCAGGAUCUUCCGCACAUUAUGGCAGGUUAAAAGGCUAGACCUGGUGCCUCUAUGUGUUACGUUCUUUGUUUGUUUCUGGGAAGUGCAAUAUGGCAUCAUAGCAGGGGUGAUAGUUUCUGGAAUUCUUCUGCUCUACCCCCUUGCCAGACCUCGAAUAGAGGUUGUAAGGGACAAUGCAAUAAUCAUAAAGCCUGAGAAUGGCCUUCAAUUCCCUGCAAUUGACUUCUUCCGGGAUAUCGUACACAAGCAAGCUCUAUCAGAACCUCAGCAACGCAAAGUCAUCCUGGACUGUAGCCACAUCAGCAGGAUUGACUAUACUGUGGUACUGGGUCUGUCUGAACUUCUGCAGGAAUUCCAGCACCGGGAACUUCAUUUGAUCUUCAUUGGCUUGCAGGCUCACGUGCUUGAAGUCUUGCUGGCUGCUGACUUGAAUGGCUUUUGUAAUUUUUCCACCCUAAAGGAUGCAAAAAGAAGUCUUGGAGACUUGCACGUUGCCUUUGAAGACAUGAUGGAUGACAUACAUACUACAGCUGGGAUGAUCCAGUGAAGGAAUUGAGCUCAUUAAUCACUAUGUCAGUCCAGUAGGAGAACCUCAAACUGGAGGAUGAAGUUUUGGGUCCAUAGAAUGGCAUAGUAGAGUCUUAGCAGAGUCUGCACUCUAUGAUUGACGGGCAUUAAUACAUAUCUCAGUCAGGAUUCAGAAAUCAUGGGCAUUUUGGAAUUUUUUAAAUAGAAAAAAUGAAGAACUUCAGCUCAACAAAUAAAGAUAAAAACAAAUAAUUGAAAAUAAUUUCAGGAAUCUAGGAAAAACUUGUGAAAUCAGUGUGGGUUAAAUACUUCUAUGACUGUAGCUUAUCACAUUGGUGCCUCUAAUAUAUUUCUGAAAUUAAUGGUAUUAUUAAUGGAACACUAUUUUUCAGAACUGCACUCUGUAUGGCAAAUUGUUUCCAGCUAUAUACUGUAAUCUCUAAUAUUCAUUUCAGUAAAAAUUGAAAUGUUA